CUGCCCAAUGACGGGAUCAGCACUGUGUAAAAACACCCGCCCAACCAUAUCAGCACUGUCCUCCCAAUCGUCAUUCUCGAUUCGGCUUAAGAGAGUUUAAGUACUCAUGUCGACUUCUCUAAAUAACAUUGCCAAAAAAGAAAAGAAAAACCCAGUCGGCCAACAAUGUUCCGAAACCAAGGCACAUAGAUCUUUCCCUUCCCAUUUUUUGGCCGUCAUAAGCCGUCGGUGACAACACGGCUCUUUUAUGAAGAGGUUUAUUUCAAGUAUGACGGCAGCAGCUCCCCGCCGGUUUGCUCCGCUGAAGCCUGGCGCUGCACCCAACUCAAACGCACCCCGACUGAAGGGCGUUAUCUUUGACGUGGACGGGACAUUAUGUGAGCCCCAAAACUACAUGUUUAGUGAGAUGCGCCAGGCACUCGGCAUCACCAAAUCCAUCGACAUCCUCGACCACAUCUACGCCCUCCCCACAAAGGAGGCCCAGGAGACGGCCAUGGAAUCCAUCCGCCAGAUUGAGCGUACCGCAAUGGCUUCCCAGGUUGCUCAGCCGGGUCUCACCGACCUCAUGUCCUACCUCGACCGCCGCGGUGUGCGCAAAGGCAUCUGCACCCGCAACUUCGACGCCCCUGUCGCCCACCUGCUCGGCAAGUUCCUCGAGGGCUCGCUCUUCGAGCCCGUCGUCACACGUGACUUCCGCCCGCCCAAACCCGACCCAGCCGGUAUCCUCCAUAUCGCCCGGACCUGGGGACUGGUCAAGCCGGCAAAGUCAGAGGCAGAGCGGGAGCCUCGAGGCGGAAUUGUACCUGGAGCCGAAGGCCCCCUAGGCGAUGCUAGCGAGUUGAUCAUGGUUGGAGACUCCAUCGACGACAUGACGGCGGGCCGGAGGGCUGGCGCGGCGACGGUGUUGCUUGCCAACGAGGUGAAUCUGCAUCUGGCUGACCAUGAGCACACUGAUUUGGUGAUUCAUCGGCUGGACGAGCUGAUCCCCAUUCUCGAAGAAGGGUUCAGUGGCAGGGAGUUGGCGUUUUCAAAAUGAAAAAGCAGUAUUCGGGUGGUGCUUUCCAGACGGCUUUCUACUGACUUAUACAAUCUUUGGCUGGUCAGUCAUCUCAAUGACACGUCCUCGGGCAGCAAUGAAAGGUCACACAGGGUAGGAAAUGCACA